GGCACUUCCGGCGUGGCCCGCUCGGACCGGUUACCCGCCUAGCAGACCGAGCGCGACUGCGGAGCCCAGCCGGCGUCUGAGCGUCUGAGCUGCGGGCGUGGCGACGCCAUGGAGCGCCUUGAUAAAGCGGCGCUGAACGCGCUGCAGCCGUCCGACUUCAGAAAUGAAAGUUCAUUAGCAUCCACUCUGAAGACGCUCCUGUUCUUCACAGCUUUAAUGAUCACUGUACCUAUUGGGUUAUAUUUCACAACUAAAUCUUACGUUUUUGAAGGCGCCUUUGGGAUGUCCAAUAGGGACAGCUAUUUUUAUGCUGCUAUUGUUGCAGUGGUCGCCGUCCACGUGGUGCUGGCCCUCUUUGUUUAUGUGGCCUGGAAUGAAGGCUCACGGCAGUGGCGUGAAGGCAAACAGGAUUAAAGUGAACAUUGCCUUUUGAUAGUUUUAAAUUGAUUUUUUAAAUGGUAAAUCGAUCUGUGAUAUUGAUGAUUUCAAUAAAGUUGAAAGAACUUGUUAAAAUCAAUCUUGAGGAGUUCACAUUUGACCAGUGUAAAUUUUGAUCCUUCUAAAACAAUGCCUUGUAUCAUCAGUUUUAAUUGUCUGAGUCUCUCAUUUGCAAAUGAGAAUUUGGAAAAGCUAAACUGGUUAUAAAUAAGUAUGUGAAAUUAAUUAUGCAUUAUUCUGGGAAGAAUUUUAUUAUCUUACAACAAAAAAAUGUUUUAUAUAGCAUUUUUUCUUUUAGUUGGCUUUGAGUUUUACUCUAUGGUUGUAUUCAGAUAUACAUAGUGGAGCAAAUCUAAAUUUUAUUUUUCGCUGGAACACUUUCCCUGACUGUCAUGAAAAUACCAAGUCAUUAGAUUUUGGGUUGUAAAUGCCUGUUGAAAAUUGCUUAAAUUGUGGACACUGGAGUUAAUCUGAGUGUCACUGAGAAAUUUUGCAUAAAGUAGUAGUAAUCCCUAGUCAAUAGAAAUCUUUCUUUACAUUAUUUCAUGGGGAAACUAGGCUGAAUCACAGGCAUUCAUGUAAAAGGACUGGGUUUAUUAAAGAAUGCAGAUAGCAAAGCAAAGAGCUAGCUGCCUGGGCACCUGGCUUGCUCCCUAAAGGCCUCUUACAGGCCAGCCUCCUGCUUUCAGAGGAGCUCUUUAAUGGUCUGCUUUGCUCUGUCACUCAACAAUGAGCUUACACUUUAAUUACGAGGUUGUAUGAACUCGGUUUUUCCUACUUUUAAAUAAUGUAUAUGAAAGAAUUUACUUUUAAAUAUGUUCAUUUUUGCAUACUUACAGAGUGUAAACAAUCAUGAAAAUCUAUUAUUUUUUAUCACCCAGGAAGUAUUCUUGGAAUUUUUAAUCAGUGCUGUUAUGUUCCAGAUAUGUAUAGAUAAUUCUUGAGGUCCUUUCUGAUAGAAAAAGACCCUGUUUUUUAGUAUCCUUGGUCUGUAUUCUUUCCAGCCACUUGGUACUAUUUGUGUGUAAUCUAAAAGCACACAGGGAAAAAUGCAUAUUAAAACAGGAAGAAAAUGUUAAUUCCCUGUAGUGUGGCCACCUGGAUAUAACCACUGUUCUGGUUUACAUCCGUGUGCAUCUCUGAAUGCUAGUUUAAUACACAAAGUUUGGUUUAAGUUCAGAAUCUGCCAAUUUUAUCUGGUGUCUAUUUGCAUUUUUUCAGAUGAGUGAUUAUUGGAUAUUUUCUUAAACAGCACAUUCUACCUUUACUGUUUUAACUAGAUACUUCAUUGUGUGUAUUUCUGUCAUUAAUAAUUCCUCAUACAAUGGCCCUUGCUGUGAGUGUUUGCCAUCACGGAUUUUGUUAGUUCCCCUCUGCUUUUGGAUGUCGUGGAAUUGGACUAAAGGAGCAGAGACACAGUUAGGCAUAAAAGCCAAGAAGCCUUUUGUGUUUAUUUAAUUGCUGAGAAAAAACAAAAUGAUUGUUGUAGGACUGUUUUUUAUUCCCGCUUAUAGUUAAAUGUUAUUUGCCGUUUAAAUGUCUUAAGUAGUUAUUCUGAAUGGAACCUGUUUUCUUAAAGAGACUACAGUUUUAGUAUACAAUUGUACAAAUUUAAUAUAAAAUUGUCAAAUACUCCAGUUUGAAUCUAAUGUACUAUAAGGUAGAUUUCUAGAUGGUCCCUUCUUUAGAUGUCUUGUUGUACUUAGAAUUUGUUCACUUAAUUUCUUUUUCUAUAAUGCCAAGGUUUUUCUUGUACUUUUGGAAUCUUAUGCUAUUUUUAAAAUAUUGAUGUCCAGUGUUGGAUUAUUUUGUUUGAUUUCAGACAUUUGCUGAGUAGAUAAUAUGAGUGUUUUUCUGCAAGUAUUUAAACUAGGGAUUCAUGCAAAAGCAGCGUAAUUUUCUCUUGGAAAAAGUACCAAGCAUUUGAAAGUUAGACGUGGAUGGUAAGGUUGAUAUAUGGAAUUAUUACAAUAAAAACUUGUUUUCAAACCAGUUAAUAUUUUCUUAAGGUUUUAACUGUUAACUCACUAGUUUGCUGCUGUUGAAAUAAUAAGGUAUAUGACAAAUAGAUUUAUUUUUCAAGAUAUCUCAGUGAUUUCCUCUUGUACAAUGUACAUACUUCAGGAUGUAUAGAAAGAAAAGCUACAAUUGAGCCCUUAUAUAAAUACUAUAAGGUAGGACUAUGUUCACUAUUGUUUGAAAAUGGAUUGUAAGAAUAACCUCAAUUAGGGGUCUUAACUUGAAGUGUCAGUACAGGCUACUGAUUGAACACAUGACCUUCACCUCACCUCACCUCCCAUUUUGACCCCCAGAAUAUAAUCUCUUUUCUCAUCGUGCUAAAAAAUAGUCUGCUGUAGAAUGCAUAUGAUGUCAUUAGCUCUUCAAGUGGAUCCAAUUUUACAUGUGAAUUCACUUUUGAGUUGUUACUGAAGAAAUUUAAACCCUCCGUUAAAAACAACAACAACCAACUGCAUUUCAUGGGAAUCUUAACAGAAAUAUAUUGUAAGGUUAUUUUCAUCAUAAAGAUCUCAUCAACUUUGUCCCCAAAGCAACUAGUUGACUUGUUUGGUGUUUAUUUUCCAUUUUCAUAUAAAUAAAUUUUAUAUAUACAGCUAGUGUACCCAAGGAUACCAGUAAAAGUAAGAUGAAAGGUACAUGAGAAUUUAUAUCCUGUUUUAAAUGUACCUAGUGUAUAUUUCUUGUCUCCAGACAAGUUCAUGUUUGUUCUUUUACUUAUGCUCAAGUGAAGUCGUAGACUGUUAGACCCAUUUUAUAAGUAAAAUUGUCACUCGUUAGGUCAGCAGCAGAUAUCUCUGCUGUCAGGCACUCUUGUGCUCCAUCAGAAGAGUACAACUUUAUUAACUCAGACUCUGCUCUUACAUUUAAGAUUGUUUUUGCAAGAGCUGGACUGAAGCAGUGUAUUCAUAACUUGACAAGAUUUCUUUUUCCUUUUUGCAGGGGAAAAAGGGUCACCUGAGAAAAAUUAUUUUCAGGGACUUUGGGAUUCUAAUGAUACAUAUUACAUGUAACAGAUGAACAGAUUAAUCCUUUAUAUAUUCAUUAAAAUAGUCUGGAAUUCCUCAGCCUACCAUCGCUCCUGGCCACACUUUCCUUGCCUGUUUGCUACAUGUAUUUGAAAGUAAUAUCUGCAUUCCUUUGAAGAUGUUCUAUAGGUCAUAUUUGUCAGUUACACAGACUAGUCUUCCUUUUUCUCAAGUUCAGUGAAAUGUCACUGAACAGUAAUAAUAGCAAUAGCUAACAUCUGCACAGCACCUUACAGUUUGCAAAGAACGUUCACAUAUUCUUGUUUUUUUUGCUUAGUGAACCUGUUACCAGAUGUCCUAACCUUGAUGGUAAAAGUGUUAGGAGCUUUAGAGUCACUGAAUAUGCUGUAGUCUUGAAUAGUGCCCUGGCAAGGGGCAGUUUAGAUGCGCUACCUUAAAAGCUGCGUGUAAUUAUCAAAAUGGGGGGCUUGAGUUCUUUAGCCACUUGAAUCAGAUUUACUUUUGUAAGUGAUGCUUUUCUAAUUGUUAUCUGGAUGGUUUUUGUAUUCGUUUUAUUCUAACCUGUAAUUUGUAUAAAUUUACCAUCUGUUGUCAUUAAAAAAGUUCAUAAUGCCA